AAGGAACCCAGCUCCCAACCUUCACCGGCUAUGGAUCCCGUGGGUUUAGAACCACAAGACGAGCUUCUUUCGAAAAAUGACAAGCACUAUGCUCUGCAUGGCGAAAUCCUAUUGCUUGUUUUUGUACUCGCUUUCGUCAUCUUCCUUGCAUUAAUUAUCCUUCUCCCUUGGCUCAGGCGUGGCAGGAACCCAGCUCGCCGAGUUCACGAGGAACCCAGCUUCCAACCUUCACCGGCUAUGGAUCCCGUGGGCAUGGCAGAAAUAGAAGUUCUAGGUCGGAAGCUUCGCUUUCUGUUCCACAGAGGAGCUCACUACGGAGGCAGAGGAUUGAUUAUCAUGAUAGUGCAACAGAGCAGGAACUGCAGUCCAGGAGGCAAAUCAACAAUAAAUUUCCCCUCUAUAAGUGAUUUUAGUUUCAUGUUCCUGUACUGUCGUCUGCGAGUGUAUAAUGCGAUAUACAUGUGUGGUACCGAUGAGUAUGGGACGGCGAUGGAGACCAAGGCAAUUGAAGAAAAAUGCUCCCUAAAGAGAUUUGUGACAAGUAGUUCUUGGAAACCAGGUCUUGGGUCUGUGAAAUCUCUGGGGCUUUCCUACAAUUAGGUGAAAGGCUAUUGCACAGACCUCUCGAACCCAAGACUUGGGUUCAUCGCGAACCUGCAAGUUGGGUUCCCCAGGAACCCGCGAGCUGGGUUCCUCACGAACCCAGGCUCUUGGGUUCGCUUGGAGGUAAAAGAAAAAAAAGAAAAAAAAAAAGGCUGGAGGAAGGAGAAGCCAGGGAAUAAGAUAAGGGUAUAUCA